AUGUCCACCAAGGUCAGGAAGUGCCGGGAGCCCGCGAGGGUGACCUUGCCUGCGCCGGAGGAGGAGGAUGAUGGCGAGGCCGAGGGAGCCGAGUCGCAGCGCCGCCGCCGGGGCUGGAGGGGUGUCAACGGCGGGCUGGAGCCGCCCUGCCAGCGCGCGCCGCCGUCCCCGGGGCCCGACGCGUCCUCGGAGGGCAGCCCGUCGAGGUGGCGCACUGCAGGGAUGCGUGACAAGGGCCGGCGCCAGGCGGUGCGUGGCCCGGCCUUCAUGUUUGGUUCUCGUGGGCCCAGCCUCACAGCUGAGGAGGAGCGCUUCCUGGACGCUGCAGAGUACGGCAACAUCCCGGUGGUGCGCAAGAUGCUGGAGGAGUCCCAAACGCUCAACGUCAACUGUGUGGACUACAUGGGCCAGAAUGCACUGCAGUUGGCUGUCGGCAAUGAGCAUCUGGAGGUGACUGAGCUGCUGCUGAAGAAGGAGAACCUGGCACGUAUCGGUGAUGCGCUGUUGCUAGCCAUCAGCAAGGGCUAUGUACGCAUCGUGGAGGCCAUCCUCGGCCACCCAGGCUUUGCGGCCAGCCGGCGCCUGACACUUAGUCCUUGCGAGCAGGAACUGCGGGACGAUGACUUCUAUGCCUAUGAUGAGGAUGGUACACGCUUCUCGCCUGACAUCACGCCCAUCAUCCUGGCUGCACACUGCCAUAAGUACGAGGUGGUGCACCUGCUGCUGCUCAAGGGCGCGCGCAUCGAGCGGCCCCACGACUACUUCUGUCGCUGUGCCGACUGUGCCGAGAAGCAGCGGCUUGAUGCCUUCAGCCACUCGAGGUCUCGGAUCAACGCUUACAAGGGACUGGCCAGCCCUGCAUACCUGUCGCUCUCCAGCGAGGACCCUGUGCUCACGGCCCUGGAACUCAGCAAUGAGCUGGCCAAGCUAGCUAACAUAGAGAAGGAGUUCAAGAAUGACUACAGGAAACUCUCCAUGCAAUGCAAAGACUUUGUGGUGGGUGUGUUGGACCUGUGUCGGGACUCGGAAGAGGUGGAGGCCAUUCUGAAUGGAGAUCUGGAGUCAGCAGAGCCCCUGGAGACACACAGGCACAAGGCUUCCCUGAGUCGUGUCAAACUUGCCAUUAAGUACGAAGUAAAAAAGUUCGUGGCUCACCCCAACUGCCAGCAACAGCUUCUGACGAUCUGGUAUGAGAAUCUCUCUGGCCUUCGGGAGCAAACCAUUGCUAUCAAGUGCUUGGUGGUGCUGGUCGUGGCCUUGGGCCUUCCGUUCCUUGCCAUUGGCUACUGGAUUGCACCUUGUAGCAGGCUGGGGAAAAUUCUUCGAAGCCCUUUCAUGAAGUUCGUGGCACACGCUGCCUCUUUCAUCAUCUUUCUGGGUCUGCUUGUGUUCAACGCCUCGGACAGGUUUGAAGGUAUCAGCACGCUGCCGAAUAUCACUGUUAUUGACUACCCCAAGCAGAUCUUCAGGGUGAAGACCACCCAGUUCACAUGGACGGAAAUGCUAAUUAUGGUCUGGGUUCUCGGGAUGAUGUGGUCCGAGUGCAAGGAGCUCUGGCUGGAAGGACCCCGGGAGUACAUCGUGCAGUUGUGGAACGUGCUCGACUUCGGCAUGCUCUCUAUCUUCAUCGCUGCCUUCACCGCCAGGUUCCUGGCUUUCCUGCAGGCCACGAAAGCGCAGCAGUAUGUGGACAACCACGUGCAAGAGAGCGACCUGAGCGAAGUCACGCUUCCGCCUGAGGUUCAGUAUUUCACCUAUGCUAGAGAUAAAUGGCUCCCUUCUGACCCUCAGAUCAUAUCCGAGGGCCUCUAUGCCAUAGCCGUGGUACUCAGCUUCUCCCGGAUCGCAUACAUUCUCCCUGCAAAUGAGAGCUUUGGGCCCUUGCAGAUCUCUCUUGGAAGGACUGUGAAGGACAUAUUCAAGUUCAUGGUUCUGUUCAUUAUGGUGUUUCUGGCGUUCAUGAUUGGCAUGUUCAUCCUUUAUUCUUACUACCUUGGGGCCAAAGUCAAUCCUGCUUUUACCACUGUUGAAGAAAGUUUCAAGACGUUGUUUUGGUCCAUAUUUGGACUGUCUGAAGUGACUUCUGUGGUCCUCAAAUAUGAUCACAAGUUCAUCGAGAAUAUUGGAUAUGUUCUUUACGGAAUAUACAAUGUAACCAUGGUGGUCGUUUUACUCAACAUGCUAAUUGCUAUGAUUAAUAGCUCAUACCAAGAAAUCGAGGAUGACAGCGACGUCGAGUGGAAGUUUGCGCGUUCAAAGCUUUGGUUAUCCUACUUUGACGACGGGAAGACGCUGCCUCCGCCCUUCAGCCUGGUCCCUAGUCCAAAAUCCUUUGUUUACUUCAUCAUGCGGAUCACUAACCUUUCCAAAUGCAGGAGGAGAAGACUGCAGAAGGAUCUGGAGUUGGGAAUGGGUAACUCCAAGUCCAGGUUAAACCUCUUCACUCAGUCUAACUCGAGAGUUUUUGAACCACACAGUUUUAACAGCAUUCUCCAUCAGCCAACGCGCUAUCAGCAGAUAAUGAAAAGACUCAUAAAACGGUAUGUUCUGAAAGCACAAGUAGACAAAGAAAAUGACGAGGUGAAUGAAGGUGAACUGAAAGAAAUCAAGCAGGAUAUCUCCAGCCUCCGUUAUGAACUUUUGGAAGACAAGAGCCAAGCAACGGAAGAACUAGGCAUCUUGAUUCACAAACUCAGUGAGAAACUGAACCCCAGUGUGCUGAGAUGUGAAUGA